AUGGAGCGCAUUUGGUCAAAGUUUAAUCCUCUAGUUAGGCAACUUCGUUAUGUGACUAAACAACAUUGGCUGAAUGCUCUCAACUUUGCAAGUCUACACAAAAAUGAUGUUGGGCGCAGGAAUGCUGUGAGAAAUGCGCUGCAGCACCUCCAGAAGACUCAGAAAAUGGCGGCAGAAUCUAAGGUCAAGUUGGAAAAGAUUCGUCUCGACCAUGGACUAGAUGGGGCCUAUCUUGAGUCUCAGUGGAAACGCAAAAAAGAUCUCCAAAAGCGUGCAAUGAGUUCAACAAGUGCUGAAUACCUCAAAUAUCUUGCGGAAUUGGUGGAGUUUGAGGAGAAGCUAAUUGCAGCACAGGAGCGUCUUGAGACUCUGCAACAAAAGAAAAAGGGAGGUCUUGCUCGUAAAAAGAAAAAUGCACUUAUAAAUUUACCGGAUACAAUGGUUAAGUUGGAAGAGGCAAUUGAAAAGGUCACAGCAAACCUAGGAUCCGUGGAGUUUCAUGAAAUUACUGGUCUGAAAAGUGGGAAAGGUGUUCAUAAAGAUGAAAGGGCAAAGGCUUUGGCUAAAAUCCUGGUGGCCAAAGGGCGUCUCGUCGAAGCAAAGAGUGGAGUGCUGGAGCAUAGACGGCGAGCAGGAACAGUACAAGGUGAGGUCUGA